CUUAAAGUAUAUUAAUCCUGUAACUACCUAUUCGACUGUAUAGUUUUAAUUUACGAAAUUCCAGCUCGAACUAAUAAAAUUGGCAAUAUAUGAGGAAGCACUUAAAUCUUUACUACCUAUCUCACUACUCUAGAAAUACCUAACUGUUUUUGUUUCUUUUACAUUCUAAUUUAUUAUCCACUUCUGCGUGCUCAAAUAUUUAUUUCCAUUCCACAAAAUUAUUUGUCAGACGGCGAUCAAAAGGAUUUCCAAGUCACUCAAGAAGUCAAGACUCAAGAUCUGUUUUUCAGAUCAUUCUAUUUUUGAUCGUGAAUUCAAUGGUAUUUCAAGAUUUGACAUCAGGUGCCUACUUUUACUUAAUGGAAGCAGCGUACCUGGAGUCGGAUCUGAUGUCCACAAUAGACGCGUCCACGUGGGUGGAUGUCAGCGAGCUGCUCGGAAUGACAUCCAUCAGCAGCGGCCAUGGCAGUGUCAAAAGAGAGACUUAAACCAGCGAGCAUCAUAAAGCGCUUGCACAAAGCAGCUGGGACCGGCAAACUGGACAUCCUCCGAACAAUUCUAUCAGCUUCACCAGGGCUGGUCAACGCCACCGACGCUGAAGGACAAACACCUUUACACUACGCGGCUGACGGGAACCAGUUGGCAGCUGUCUCGUUCUUACUUAGCCAGGGUGCUGCAGUGAAUGAGAUGUCACAUCUGAAGUGGACUCCCCUGCAUUCUGCGUGUAAUUUGAACCACUACGAGGUUGUGGGUAGAUUGCUGGCAGCCGGUGCUGAUGUGGGGGCUAUUGCUGAUGAAGCACAAACAGUCCUCCACUUAGCUGCCAGUACGCAGGAAUCCAAGGAUACCCUACUCCUUCUCCUCACCAAAGAGGAUAUAACCAAGCUGGCGACUGUUCGGAACACGGCGAGGCAGACAGCGGAGGAUAUUGCGCGGGACAGAACCAUAUUCGGAGGACUGUUCGAAAUGGCUGUCCCAGCGGUUUCGUACAUUCGGAGUGUCGGGUUCACUUGCAAUGGUUACUGUCGGGGCAGUGUGGGAUGUUGAGGACUCUAAAAAGGGGUAUUUUUCUUAUCUAUACCUAUCUAACUUUUACUAUUCUUAAACUUUUUCUUUUGAAAGUUAAAUUAUUGUAUCUAAGUAGGUACUUGGUUGUUGUGAAUUGUAUCUACAUAAAUAGUUUAGGUAAAUUUUAUUUUGCGUCUGGGUCUGGUCUCAAUUUGAUUACCUAUAAUGUUACAUGUCUGUUUAA